GUGAAGCAAAAUACUUAUGGAAGAAAAGCUUUUCCAAGAGUCAAGUUGGACAACACCAAAGAGUGACAAGAAAGCGAAAAGAAGGUUAAGUAGUUUCUAUAGGAAUUCACCUCAUCCGAGUGUGUUGACAAAGACUCCCGAACAUCAACCAUCAUCAUCAUCAUCGACUGCUAUUAGCCGGACUCCGUUACGCUUCAACGAUGACGAAGCCGAAAAACAAGCAGCUCGAAAAGCGAAAAGAGAAAAGAGUCUCUUUCAAACAACAUCAAAAGAACUUGAAGCCAAUAGAGCAACUUUGGAAGAAAAGUUAGACCCAAGGCAACUUGCACAGCUUUAUUCUACCACCAUCAAGUUGUGUCGAGAUAACAAAAUCAACGCUAAAAAUUCUUGGUCACUUGCUCUUAUAGAUCAUUUAAGAAGUUUGGUCGUCAGUGGUGAAAUAAAUGCCGAAGAAGAUGCUAGUCAUGAAAUAGAAGAACCAACUGAAGCCAACUUUCAAUUGGCAGGAGUUACUUUGGAUGCCAGCACUAAAAUUUAUUCUUAUAGAGUCGAUUCUGUGCAUACUAGUGCCUACAGUGUGUUGGGUGAUCUUACUCGUUCGGGUGGACCACCAUCAGAGAAAGUGACUUUAGAAGAGAACGACUCUGAAGAGACAGUUGACCUAUCAAAUGUCAAAAAGAAGCAUACCCAAUCACGAACCCAAGGUGAAUGUACCUUGGAAAAGAACAUAGAUAAUAUAUCUGUGAAAUCUUAUGACGUCGAGCAUAUGUUGGACCCUUUAUUUCAAGUGAUUUCACGUGCUAUUCACAACACAGAGACGAAUAAUUCUUUGCUACAUGCAUUGAAUUUGUCUCAAGAGCCUUGUAAAGAUGGCGCUUGUCAUUUGGUUUUUGAUUCUCAACGACCUUUUUUUGCAUCUAUUCAAAACGGAUGUGUUGGAAUGACUUGUCGACAAAAAUACCAAGACAGUUAUAACUUUGUAAAAAAGAGUCUACAUAGUCACCUGGAUUCAUUAUCCGUGGAUGUUGCUUACAAAAAUGGCAUAUGUCCAGAAAUGCUACAUUACAUUCAAAAUACUGGUCAUGCUAUUGUGAACAAAGAAAAUCAAACACCGGGGAAUGUUGAUGUGGAGAAUCCUGAAAUGAUGAGGAACGAGUCACAUGAAUUGGAGCCUAUUGAUUACAGUUCGAUGUACUUGGAUUCUCAUGAUGGCUUAGAGUUGGAAGCGUGGAAUGAAGAAGGGGCUAUAGAAGCAAGAUGGAAAAAUUCUCAUGGAGAAAGUUUCCCAUUAGAGGAAGUCUCAGGAAUGGAUGAAGAGGAACGGAAGCAAUGGAUUACUGAGAUGUUUGCUCAUGGUGCGGAUAUGUUUCAAGUAGGAGAAUUAUUAGAUGGAAAUAAGGAUGCCAACAUGCAAUGGAAUGAUAAAAAGUUGCAAAGUCUUCUUACGUUUUCAUGGGCUGGUCCCACACAUUGGAAGUUUGUUACGGGUGGUAGGAAUGUGUCCCUUUCCACAAAUGAACAUAAUGGCGAAAGAAGAAUCGAGAAGAGACAUCGAAGCAAAGUGGAUAAGUUGUUGGACUUUUCAAAACCUGUCGAAGAUGUGGAUUUUUGUAGUGCAUUUGCUCAACCUAAGAAUUCGAGUAGUACUUUAUUGUCGAAUGCUUCGUGGUUAAAAAAUGAAGAUUCUGCCAACUUACUUCCUCCUGACUUGCACUAUCAGCCAUCUGACCUCUUCCGCCUCUUUCUGAAACCUACAUACCUUGUGAAAAAGACGACGAGUAAUGUCACGAAUACUCAUCGUAAUGAUCAUGAGCAUUGGGAUGCGGAAUGCCUUGAUGAAGACAUUCAUUAUGAAUUGAUGGGAAAUCAAGAUGAAGAAUGGAAUACAGUUGUUGGAAAUAAUCCCAGUUCCAACUGGGACUUGUCCACAACGAAUAUGGAAGAAUUGGAGUUUGUUGAACAACCAUACAAGGUUGAAAAGGUUGAUAUUCCUUUUGCUACUAUGGCAAAGAAUGUAGACAUUCGUCAACUGAAACAAGAUAUGUGGAGAAUCAUUUCACAAAAAGGUAUUACUUCAGAUGAAAAUGAAAGUUUGCAACAAGCUUCCGCAAACGAUAUGAAUGAGACGUUGUCAUUACAAAGAAUGGUAACUCAAUUAUUUGAGCAAUUCAGUGAACGCGAUAGAAAAAAUAUUACAUCUCCUUAUCUAUUUAUAUGCCUAUUACAUUUAGCCAAUGAAAAAGGGCUGUUUCUCAGAGAGUCGGAAGACUUAUCUGAUAUCUUCAUUACAUCCUUUUCUUAAGUUGAGCUCCUUUUGUUUUUUUACAUAAUCUAUAUAAAUAUGCAUAUGAUAGA